UCACUUGGAAGGGCCAUUCUGUCAAUAUCCAGUAUUUAAUAUUAUUCUCCUUUUACUUUCUAUCUAUUAUAACUUUAUUUUUUUUUUCUAGAUUUAGUAGGAAGUCUAUAAAAACUGAAACGCAGUAACACAAACUAUCCAGUUACCAAACUUUACACAACUAUAGUCGACCAAUAUCAAGUAACAAAUCACUCUGCUAUAAAACGUGAAAAUGUUGAAUCUUAAAGUGAUGAUGUUUCUGUGCUUGUCUGUCAUCGUCGUUUACUGUGAAAACGACCAAAACAAAUUAAGUAACGCGGAACUAGAAAGUUGUCUAUUGGAAACAAAAAUACCAAAAGAUGAAUUUGAAGAUAUGGUUAUGAUACCUAAUAAUCACGAAUUAAAAAUACUAAAGACACACGCCCAAAAAUGUAUGAUGAGUUGUAUGAUGAGAAAAAACCACAUAAUUAACAACGGCAGUAUUUCUGGGGAAGUGUUGUACAGAUAUGUACUGAAUUACUUCGGGACAUCCGAUUACAAAAGACGUUUGAUUAGUAGAAAGGUGGAACAAGUCGUCGAUAUUUGCGCAAAGAAAGAUAACUUGCCGACUGAAGAGUGUGCGUUAGCCGAAGUCAUAGUUACCUGCAUAAGGUUAGAAGCUAACAAAGUGGGUUUGCAAUGAUUCUGCAGGCAACCGGUAACCGAUGUAAACACAUCGGCUUAAGAAAAUUCAUCAGAAAUAUAAUGUAAACCGUUUUCGUUGGUUGUAGGAUUAUUUGACUGAUUAAACCUUGAGUUAUGUUUUAAAAAGAUAUAUCUGUGACUUCAUAUUAAUAUACUUUUAAUGAUUCCAUUUAUAAUUAAAUACAUUAUAAUAUACCUAACCAAUUAUAUAUAUAA